UCUCUCUCUCUCCUAAGAGCUCGAAGACGAAAACCUCACUCUUUCGAAUUUGAAUCGCAAUUCCCGCCUUUACUUUACUCGCACUCCCACGGAGCCACCAAAGAUGGAGGCUCUCUACUCGAAACUCUACGAUAAGUACACUAAAUUGAUGGCAAAAAGAUUGACUGAACUGGAUGAGGUCAAUAAAGAUCAAGAAGUGAAAUUUGUGAACUAUGUAGCUGUGGCAGAGGAGUUAAUUCAACACUUGAAGGAUGAAAACAAGAAAUUGCAUUCUCAAGUUAAUGAAUUGAGAAGCGAAGUUGCCUUGACUAGGGUUUCUCAGGAUGAGCAGUGUGCUGAGUAUCAGAAACUGUGGAUGGAAGAAAGCCAGAGGAAUAAAGUGCUUUUGGAAGAGGUUGAGAGGCUGAAAAAGCUGCAGCAGGACGAUGCUCUUAGCAGUCAAAAAGACAGAAAUAACAGGGAGAUGAGUACACCUAGAGACGAUAAAAUUGUAUCACAGGAAUUAUAUGAUAGCUCAUCCGGAACAAUGACAAGUAAAAGCAGGAGGUGUUCUGAAACUGAAACGGGCAUGGCCAGACCUUGUGGCAGUGGUCAAGACAACGCUAUCCUAAUAACAUCAGCGAGCUUGAACAAGGAAGGUUUGACUAGUUCGGCUCAUGUGAGCAUUCAACAGCCAGAAUGCUGUAGAAGAGCUAUUGACAGAACAAGUGAUGGUUUACAUGACAAUGACACUGCCAACUGUCUGUUUCAAGCCGUUGUUGAGUACUUGGUGGGCUUGAAAUUCUCCGUCGUUACUCAAAAUGAAGGAAUAUGCAUAUCGGCUGAGCACCAAUCAAGUGGUUACUCCUUCAGCCUGACGUGGGUAGAGAAGGAACAUGGAAAAGAAGUAGAACUGCUAUACCAUGUCUUAUCGCUAGGAACAUUAGAGCGGAUAGCCCCACAGUGGAUGAAGGAGGCCAUCAUGUUCAGCACAACCAUGUGCCCGAUCUUCUUCGAAAGGGUAUCCUGUGUCGUGAAGCUCUUCUCGUAGACUUUUCUCUUUACUUCUCAAGUUGUAUAUUGCUGUUCUUAUGAAUAUGAUUUAACCUUGAUUCUUUGUAAAUUGAACUGCUUGUCUUCGGGUUUGAAACCACUACGAUAAAGAUGAU